AUGACUCUCCUUAAAUUCAAGAGAAAGCAACCAGAGUGGGGUUACCAGAUGGAAAAGUUUCUCAAACUGGAAACCCUUUUGAGCUGGACAAACGACGAAUGCGAUAAGCUGAUUAUUCUAGAAGACCCUACCCCGAAUAUGAUCGCAGAGAUCGGAGGGAAAUUCAAGAUUGACCCCCAGUUCUGGGCUGACUUCUUGGUGGGGCCUUCUUGGUUUGGCUCCGGAAAGCUGUAUGUUGGCGCCGGGGAACCAAGAAUCCCAUACAGAGAUGACAGCUUGCUGGAGCAGCUUUGGCCCCUUCCAAGUGCUUGUCGGGAACUAGAGCAUGCCUCAUUCCGAUUCAUUGCACAUAGAGAACGAAAGCUCUAUACCGAUUCUAAACGAGCCCGGAAAGAAAUGAGCCCACUGUUCGAGACAUAUCCUAUUGCUCAAAAGGCUCGGCCUGGGCCUCCUGGUUGUAGCCAGUCUGUCCGCUUGCGCGGCAAUCUCACAAUACGGCGAAAUUGGAAGGCCCGCCAGCGCGCAGAAGAUGAGCACCAGCAGGUUUAUGAACCAUGGAUAGGUAAGUUAGACAGAGCUUGCGUGAGGCUGAUGAUCUUAUCUGGUAUACUGGCAGGAGUGACUGCGAUACAACGUCAGAGCAGCCGAGUGCCUGUGUCUGCGCAAGGGUAUUCAUACAUCUUCCGAAAUUUUCUGCACCGACCACGGCCUGAAGACAAGAUCGACAUAAGCAUUUUGCGCCUUACUGAAAAAUGGGAAGGGCGAUCGCAAAGAGAGCCGAAGUACAACCAUUCAAUAAGCGAUAUAUAUUGUUACUCCCUCAAGAUGGAUCUUAAGAAAAAAGGAGGUUUGGAGAGAGUGGCCAAAUCACCAAAUGUGUUAUUCAAUAACCUACUAGGCUUGAUGGGUUGCUUUUGGGUGACUGAGUUGGAAAGUAGGCACUUACAACUCUCGUGGAUGGAGACCUUCUACUAUAAACAGGUCAUCAGGAGAAGACAAAGAUUGUCUUUGUUGAAUGCUCUAACUCCCAACCCACUUGAUAGUUUCGCUGCAAAGGCGCAAGCAGAUCUGAUCGGCUUGCACGGUGUUCAAAUUGAGACCGGGUCUUACCGCUACCUCGUUGAUGAGACGCUGACUAACUGCGAAGCUCUGGACGACGACGGGCAAUUUACGUGUCUGAUUGACGACUUAAAGUACCUUCGGGGGGCUAUCAGUCUUUUGGAAAGACGACUCAAAAGGGACCAGGAGUUCCUACGCUCCAUCAGCGAUGACUUCGAGAAAGAACGGUCUGAUAAUAGGAAUAAGCUCCUUUUAAUCUUGGCCCUGUGGGCAUGGCUAGUUUCCCCUGUCACAUUGACGUCCUCAAUCAUGAACUUAGGACAAGACAAAUCAGGCUCUAAAAAGGUUGGGGAUGUCAAGAUCUUUUGGAAAGUAGCUCUUAUUCUUGGGAUUGUUGUCAUUCUGUUUGUUGUCUUAAUCCUUUGGGCAACUGAGGCUUGCAAUUGGAUUGCUCGAAGGAGAAGUAGUCUGAAGAAUAGUUGUUCUAACUAG